GAAGUUGAGCUGCGAGAAUCCACCACCUUUGUCUGGAAUGCCCAUCCACACACGCGGAACACAUCAAGGAGCUGAAGCAUUGCCGGAUUUUGUUCCUGUAUACGAGUCCCGGAGGUGCACUUUCGGGGGGACACUUGCUAGAAACAAAGAAAACUGCGAGUAAACAAGACCUCUCCCAUUAAGAGGAAGCUGUGGUCAAAACCUUUUUUUCCUCCGGAACCCCAGCAGCGCUCCCCAGAACCCUGCCCACUGAGCCCGGCGUGUGGUCUCUUCGUUGAGGGUUCCCAUGACUUCGAUUUUCUUCCAGAUCGUAUCGGGUUAUUAGAGGUGCUUGGGGAAGAUGGGAGCCUCUUCUCCGAGGAGCCCGGAGCCUCUCCGGCCGCUGGGGCCCCCUCUCUCCUGCUCCGGAGGAGUUCUGCUAGCGGUUCUGGUGCUGCUCGAGCUGCCGGCAGCCUGGGGUCAGUGCAAAGCCCCGGAGCAUUUUCUGUUUGCCAAGCUUACAAGCCAGACUGACAAGGAUGAGUUUCCCAUUGGAACAACUUUGAACUAUGAAUGCCGCCCUGGUUACCACAGAAAAAAAUUCCAUAUCACCUGCCUAAGAAACUCAGUCUGGUCAAGUCCUAUAACCUGUUUACGUAGAUCGUGUGCAACUCCUCCAGAACCCAUAAAUGGCAAAAUGGACAUAAACGAAAACACCCAGUUAGGAUCAACUGUUCAUUAUUCUUGUAAUGAAGGAUAUCAACUCGUUGGUGAACCCUCUAUCUCAUGCAUCAUCUCAGGCAAUGGUGUCUCCUGGGAUAAUGAAGCACCAGUUUGUGAGAGUAUUCUUUGUGAGCCACCACCAGCCAUCGCCAAUGGAGAUUUCGUUAGCACCAACAGAGAGUAUUUUCAAUAUGGAACGGUGGUGACCUAUCACUGCAAACAUGAAAAGAGAGGGAGAAAGCAGUAUGACCUCAUCGGCGAGGCCUCCAUAUAUUGCACCAGCAAAGGCGAUCAAAUCGGCGUCUGGAGUGGCCCUCCCCCUCAGUGCAUAACACCUAAUAAAUGCACGCCUCCAGUUGUUGAAAAUGGAAUAAGGGAGUCUGAAAACAGAAGCUUGUUUUCCUUAAAUGAAAUUGUGAGGUUUAGGUGUCAGCCUGGCUUUGUCAUGAAAGGAUCCUCCAGUGUGCGGUGCCGGGCCCAGAACCAAUGGGAGCCAGAGUUGCCCAGCUGUUCCAGGGUAUGUCAGCCACCUCCAGAAAUCUUGCAUGGGAAGCACACCCUCAGCAACAACAAGGAGAACUUUUCCCCUGGACAGGAAGUGUACUACAGCUGUGAGCCUAGCUAUGAUCUCAGAGGGGCUGCCUCUCUGAGCUGUACAUCCCAGGGAGAAUGGAGCCCAGCACCCCCCAGAUGUGCAGUGAAAUCAUGUGCUGACUUCCUGGACCAACUCCCUAAUGGUCGUGUGCUCUUUCCACUUAAUCUCCAGCUUGGGGCAAAAGUGUCCUUCGUUUGUAAUGAAGGAUUCCAACUAAAAGGCAGUUCUGCCAGUCAUUGUGUCUUGGUUGGAAUGGAAAGCCUUUGGAAUAGCAGUGUUCCCGCAUGUGAGCAAAUCUUGUGCCCAAAUCCUCCAGAUAUCCUUCAUGGAAGACACACAGGAAACCCUCUGGAAGUCUUUCCUUUUGGAAAAGAAGUAACUUACACAUGUGACCCCCACCCAGACAGAGGGAUGACCUUCAGCCUCUUUGGGGAGAGCACCAUCCGCUGUACAAGUGACAGUCAGGGGAACGGGCUUUGGAGCGGCCCUGCCCCUCGCUGUGGACUUCCAGGUUACUGUCAUGCCCCAGAUAAUUUUCAAUUUGCUAAGUUGAAAAACCAAACCAAUGAAACUAAGUUUCCCAUUGGGACAUCUUUAAAGUAUGAAUGCCACCCUGAGUACCACGGGAAGCCAUUCUCGAUCAAGUGCUUAGAAAACCUGACGUGGUCAAGUGUCAAAAAUGUCUGUAAACGUAAAGUAUGUAAAACUCCUCCAGAUCCUGUGAAUGGCGUGGUGCACAUAGACACAGACUCCCAGUUUGGAUCCAGGAUUAAUUAUUCUUGUAAUACGGGGUAUCAACUCGUUGGUCAUUCAUCUGCUAAAUGUAUCAUCUCAGGCACUAUUGCCAUUUGGGAGACGGAGCCACCACUUUGUGAACGUAUUCAUUGCAGUCCACCACCAGCCAUCGCCAAUGGAGAUUUCGUUAGCACCAACAGAGAGUAUUUUCAAUAUGGAACGGUGGUGACCUAUUACUGCAAACAUGAAAAGAGAGGGAGAAAGCAGUAUGACCUCAUCGGCGAGGCCUCCAUAUAUUGCACCAGCAAAGGCGAUCAAAUCGGCGUCUGGAGUGGCCCUCCCCCUCAGUGCAUAACACCUAAUAAAUGCACGCCUCCAGUUGUUGAAAAUGGAGUAAGGGAGUCUGAGAACAGAAGCUUGUUUUCCUUAAAUGAAAUUGUGAGGUUUAGGUGUCAGCCUGGCUUUGUCAUGAAAGGACCCUCCAGUGUGCGGUGCCGGGCCCAGAACCAAUGGGAGCCAGAGUUGCCCAGCUGUUCCAGGGUAUGUCAGCCACCUCCAGUCUUGCAUGGCAAGCACACCCUCAGCAACAACAAGGAGAACUUUUCCCCUGGACAGGAAGUGUACUACAGCUGUGAGCCUGGCUAUGAUCUCAGAGGGGCUGCCUCUCUGAGCUGUACACAGGGAGAAUGGAGCCCAGCACCCCCCAGAUGUGCAGUGAAAUCAUGUGCUGACUUCCUGGACCAACUCCCUAAUGGUCGUGUGCUCUUUCCACUUAAUCUCCAGCUUGGGGCAAAAGUGUCCUUCGUUUGUAAUGAAGGAUUCCAACUAAAAGGCAGUUCUGCCAGUCAUUGUGUCUUGGUUGGAAUGGAAAGCCUUUGGAAUAGCAGUGUUCCCGCAUGUGAACAAAUCUUGUGCCCAAAUCCUCCAGAUAUCCUUCAUGGAAGACACACAGGAAACCCUCUGGAAGUCUUUCCUUUUGGAAAAGAAGUAACUUACACAUGUGACCUCCACCCAGACAGAGGGAUGACCUUCAGCCUCUUUGGGGAGAGCACCAUCCGCUGUACAAGUGACAGUCAGGGGAACGGGCUUUGGAGCGGCCCUGCCCCUCGCUGUGGACUUCCAGGUUACUGUCAUGCCCCAGAUAAUUUUCAAUUUGCUAAGUUGAAAAACCAAACCAAUGAAACUAAGUUUCCCAUUGGGACAUCUUUAAAGUAUGAAUGCCACCCUGAGUACCACGGGAAGCCAUUCUCAAUCAAGUGCUUAGAAAACCUGACGUGGUCAAGUGUCAAAAAUGUCUGUAAACGUAAAGUAUGUAAAACUCCUCCAGAUCCUGUGAAUGGCGUGGUGCACAUAGACACAGACUCCCAGUUUGGAUCCAGGAUUAAUUAUUCUUGUAAUACGGGGUAUCAACUCGUUGGUCAUUCAUCUGCUAAAUGUAUCAUCUCAGGCACUAUUGCCAUUUGGGAGACGGAGCCACCACUUUGUGAACGUAUUCAUUGCAGUCCACCACCAGCCAUAGCCAAUGGAGAUUUCGUUAGCACCAACAGAGAGUAUUUUCAAUAUGGAACGGUGGUGACCUAUCACUGCAAACAUGAAAAGAGAGGGAGAAAGCAGUAUGACCUCAUCGGCGAGGCCUCCAUAUAUUGCACCAGCAAAGGCGAUCAAAUCGGCGUCUGGAGUGGCCCUCCCCCUCAGUGCAUAACACCUAAUAAAUGCACGCCUCCAGUUGUUGAAAAUGGAGUAAGGGAGUCUGAGAACAGAAGCUUGUUUUCCUUAAAUGAAAUUGUGAGGUUUAGGUGUCAGCCUGGCUUUGUCAUGAAAGGACCCUCCAGUGUGCGGUGCCGGGCCCAGAACCAAUGGGAGCCAGAGUUGCCCAGCUGUUCCAGGGUAUGUCAGCCGCCUCCAGAAAUCCUGCAUGGUAAACCUACCCUAAGCAACAAGGAGAACCUUUCCCCUGGACAGGAAGUGUUCUACACCUGUGAGCCUGGCUAUGAUCUCAGAGGGGCUGCCUCUCUGCACUGUACAGCCCAGGGAGAAUGGAGCCCAGCACCCCCCAGAUGUGCAGUGAAAUCAUGUGCUGACUUCCUGGACCAACUCCCUAAUGGCCGUGUGCUCUUUCCACAUAAUCUCCAGCUUGGGGCAAAAGUGUCCUUUGUUUGUGAUGAGGGGUUUCGAUUAAAAGGCAGCUCUGCUAGUCAUUGUGUCUUGGUUGGAAUGAAAAGCUUUUGGAACAGCAGUGUCCCUGUGUGUGAACAAAUUUUUUGUCCAAAUCCUCCAGCCAUCCUUAAUGGGAACCACACAGGAACUUCCCUGGGAGACAUUCCCCAUGGGAAAGAAAUUACUUACACGUGUGACUCCCACCCAGACAGAGGGAUGACCUUCAACCUCAUUGGGGAGAGCACCAUCCGCUGCACAAGUGACAGUCAGGGGAACGGGCUUUGGAGUGGCCCUGCCCCUCGCUGUGAACUUUCUGGUCCUGCUGCAUGUCCACAUCCACCCACAAUCCGCAACGGGCAUCACAUUGGAAGAGAUGCACCUCCAUAUCUUCCUGGGAUGAGGGUCAGCUACACGUGUGACCCAGGCUACCUGUUGGUGGGAAAAGCCUUCAUUUUCUGUACGCACAAGGGAACCUGGAGCCAAUUUGAUCAUUAUUGCAAAGAGGUAAAAUGUAGCCUCCCACCGUUUAUGAAUGGAAUCCAGAAGGACCUGGAAAUGAGCAGAGUGUUUCAAUAUGGACAUAAUGUAACCUUGGAGUGUGAAGAAGGGUAUACUCUGGAAGGCAGUCCCUGGAGCCAGUGCCAGGCGGAUGACACAUGGGACCCUCCUCUGGCCACAUGUAUAUCUAGCCCACAAAAGGCUCUCAUUGUUGGCAUGUCCUUUGGUGUGAUCUUCUUUAUUCUACCUAUCCUUGUAGCCUGUUGGAUGAUUCUAAAGCGCAAAAAAGGCAAUAAUACAGAUGAUAAACCUAAAGAAGUGAAUAUCCAUUUACAUCCCCAAGAAGGCAACUGUGAUCAUGCUCAAUCUCUCCAAGCAAAUCAGGAAAAUAGCAGGUACCUAAUACACAUACUGAAUUCAAAAUGUUUAUCGAAAACGGAAACAGGAUCUGAAUAUAUUUCACUAGUUGGAUCACUGAUACCAAAGAAGUUAGAAAAUACUUCAGGAGCUGGAAACACCUUUGUUGUUGUUAUUCUUGCUUGA